AUGCAUGAGAAUUUAACUGUUGCAUCCAAAUCCAAUCUUUUACCAACAGGCCCUUCACAGGGAGUUGUCACAACUUGCACUCUUUCAAUAUCUUCAUCAAUGGCAGCCAAACUGGUUGAGAGUGUCACAGACAUCAGGGGCUUUCUUUAUGCAGAUGGUCUUGUUCUAUUGUAUUCCGCCCCUAAGAACAACUCUCAAAAGAAGAUGGAAAGUGUUCUAAAUUAUGCACUUAAGCUAAUAGCCAACGGGAGCAAAAACAACAGAAUGGUUAUCAACAUCGCAAAAAAUUAUCUUUGGCUUUCCGUACUCGUCUUUAGGGCUGGUCACCGAAUCAGAUGUUUUGCCAAGCAAUCGUGUCCGGUACGUAGUCUGAACUCAGCAACGGCUUCGAUUCUUGGUAAGUCGGGUAUGUCGGAGAUUGCCACUGUCUACCGUUUCUCCUUUGUUCGAGCUUUGAGUUCGUUGCACCUUGAGGUCGGGAAUUCUCUCCUGAUUAAGGCCUUCAUUGUGUGGAAAGACAUCGGGCGGUCCAUGCGUUGUCCCCUUCUUAGCAAGUGUGUCAGCAAUCUCAUUGCCUUCAAUGCCACAGUGACCAGGAAUACAUUGUAG